AUGAAUCCAGAUAAACAAGGGUCGCCCAUUCCUGCCGUUAGCAAUGACAAGCACAUGGGGAUGAUGGAAUCCCAACAAUCCUCGCCAGACCUCUCAUCACACGAGUCUACGCUGGAUGGAAACAACAUGCACACGAUCUCCAGUGGAGGUAGCGGUGCUUAUGCAGAACAUGGUCCUGGAAUCGAUCAUAAGAUCCCACAAGAACUCGAGAUACAGUCAAAGCCAGACCUCUUGUGGAGUCGUAUCCGACAUACCAUGCGAGAACCGUUCUCGGAAUUCUUUGGUGUAUUUAUUUUGAUCUUGUUUGGAGAUGGUGUGGUUGCGCAAGUAGUCUUAAGCUCGGGCGAGAGAGGCUCCUAUCAAUCAAUAUCUUGGGGAUGGGGCAUUGGAGUUAUGCUUGGAGUAUAUGCUUCAGGCAUUAGUGGUGCCCACAUCAACCCAGCUGUGACAUUCGCAAACUGCGUCUUUCGAAAAUUUCCCUGGCGCAAAUUCCCCAUCUACAUGUUGGCGCAAGUGUUGGGGGCAAUGUGCGCCGCCGGCGUGGUCUAUGCAAACUAUAAAUCUGCCAUUGAUAUGUUCGAAGGGGGGAAUAAUAUUCGAACUGUGGGCCUCAACACAUCAUCUGCAGGCAUAUUCUGUACCUAUCCCGCCCCUUUUAUGACAAAAACAGGACAAUUCUUUUCAGAGUUCAUCGCAAGUACGAUACUCAUGUUUUGUAUCUACGCUUUACAAGACAAUGGUAAUUUAGGUUCUGGAAAUCUUACCCCACUUGGACUCUUCUUCGUGAUCUUCGGUAUUGGCGCUUGCUUUGGAUGGGAAACUGGAUAUGCUAUUAAUAUGGCUAGAGACUUUGGUCCAAGAUUGAUGAGCUACUUCCUUGGAUAUGGUCACGAAGUAUGGAGCGCGGGAAACUAUUACUUUUGGGUACCUAUGGUAGCGCCAUUUUUUGGAUGCUUGUUUGGAGGUUGGUUGUAUGACGUCUUCAUCUUCACCGGCGAGAGCCCCAUCAAUACUCCUUGGAUGGGAUUGAAGCGGGUUAUGCCUGGGGGUCUCGGGAGUAAGAAAGUAGACUCCGCAGUUUAA